UCUGUGAAUAGUUCUCACUGGACGCCAAGGCACAGUGACUCAGUAACAGGAGCCCAUCACCCAGAGACCAGUGCUCCCACCACCAGAAUCACCACGGAGGACGGGGCUGCGUGGUGAGUGCUGUGCUGCGGCUGUUCACGCCAGCUUUGGCUCCAGCCAGCCCAUGGCCCGCGAGGAGCAGUGCCGGGAGGGCCUGGCCUACGACCGGAUGCCCCCGCUGGAGCGCGGGAGGCCAGACGCCGUGGGCUACGCCCCGGACACCAAGCCCGGCGACCUUCAGCUGUCGUCGAGGCUGCCCCCGUGCUUCAGCCGCAAGACAUGGGUCUUCUCUGUGCUGAUGGGGAGCUGUCUGCUUGUGACCUCGGGGUUUUCUCUCUACCUGGGAAACGUGUUUCCUUUGGAGAUGGACUACCUACGCUGCGCUGCAGGCUCGUGCAUCCCCUCAGCCAUCGUGAGCUUUGCCGUCUCGAGGAGAAACGUUAGCGCGAUCCCCAACUUCCAGAUACUGUUCGUGUCCACGUUUGCCGUCACCACCACCUGCCUGAUCUGGUUCGGCUGUAAGCUUGUCCUGAACCCGUCAGCAGUAGAUAUCAACUUCAAUCUGAUUCUGCUGCUGCUGCUGGAGCUCUUCAUGGCGGCCACGGUGAUCAUCUCUGCACGGUCCAGCGAGGCGCACUGCAAGCAGAAGGGUUCCAUCUCUGAGAGCAGCAGCGUUCCGUAUGAAGUGACAUUUCCUGCUCGGGUCCUGAAAUCCUACUCUGUCAUCGAGGUGGUUGCGGGGGUCUCGGCCAUCCUUGGGGGCGUCAUUGCUCUGAACGUGGACAACGCCGUCUCGGGCCCGCACUUCUCGGCCACGUUCUCCUGGAUCUUAGUGGCCUGUUUCCCCAGCGCCAUUGCCAGCCACGUGACGGCGGAGUGUCCCAGCAGGGCUCUGGUGGAGGUGCUGAUCGCUGUGUGCAGCCUGGCGGCCCCGCUGCUCUUCACGGCCUCUGGGUACCUGUCCUUCAGCAUCAUGAGAAUCAUGGAUGUUUUCAAAGACUACCCGCCAGCCUUCAAGCAAUCCUACGACGCGCUGCUGCUGCUGCUGAUGCUGGAGCUGCUGCUGCAGGCGGGCCUCAACACAGCCACCGUCAUCCAGUGUGUGCGCUUCAAGGUGGGCGCCUCCUGGGACACCAUGGGCGCACCGCCUAGCCCGCAGGAGCGCCUGGCAGCCGGGGAUGUGCAGGUGGCCAGAAGCCCCCUGAAGGAGUUCGACAAGGAGAAAGCGUGGAGAGCCGUCGUGGUGCAGAUGGCCCAGUGACCACGCAGGGGCCGCUGAGGCAGGGCAGCCUGACGCCAGCUGCCUCUGAGCUGCAGCCCUGCCUGCCCCUCCCCUUCCUGCGGGCGCCGGGUUCAAGGUGGAGUUCUCUCAUUUCUGUGGUUUAAUUUUGAAAUAGGCAAAUGUUGACUGCUUUGUGCUUACUGAAGGGGGAUCAGUUCACUGCUGCCGAGGUGGCCUGGCUGUAGAAGCCGCGGCACGGGGCCCCUGGUGAGGAAGGGCCAGGCCGGAGCCGAGCCCUGCCGGCACUGAUCCCUGGGCAGCCCCGGGCUCCAGGCUGCAGGUGUGCUCGCCGCGCCGGGCCUGGCCUCCCUGCCCUGCUUUGCACCUGCUGUGUGCCCCAGCCUGCGUGGACCUUGCCCAUCUCCGCGCCUCCUAUCCUCCAGGCGAGGAGGCAGCCUGCCAAGCCUGGAAUCCCCCCCAAGGGGACAGAGCUGCUUCCUGCCUGCCCGCAGAGCCCACGGGGCUGCACCCUCAGAGCUACAGACGCAGGCAGCCCCCACUCAACCCGCGGUGUCCCCAUGAGAAACCCACAGGCCUGUGUUUCUGACCUCUUUUUACACUUAAACCCAGUUCUUCCGGAAGGGCCCUGGUCCAUGUUGGGCUGUCCUGCACAGCCAGUAGAGACCCAGCUCAGUGCUGGUCAGCAUGUUCUUGUCCUGAAGCCUCUGUCAACAACUCAGAAGUCCACCCUGACCACUGUGGCAGCUCGGUGUUCUCCGGAUGGGCCGCUGUCCACAGCCCUGAAAAUGGACGGGCUGCAUCUCCGUGCCUUGAUGGCCUCGUGUCCCAGGCAGGCCGGGCAGACACAGGUCUUGGUCAAGUCCCCAGACAAGCACGGGAGCGUUGAGGGGCUGCCUGCACGUGAGCAGACCCCACCCACAUGCAGCCCGAGGGGGCCACCUCCCCUCCGCAGCUCCUCAGGCUGGAGAAAGCCACAGGGAUAGUGCGGGUGACACGGCUGUCUUUGGGGCCAGGAAGCUGGAGCCUGAGAGCUGGCGUGAGCCCCUGGGGGCUGGGCACAGGCACUCCGCACUCCAGAGAGCUCGGGACAUUCGCACGAGUGGGGUUUACAGCUGCGCAGUCCUGUCUGUCAGUGAGCGUUUGUGUGAUAUAAUGUAGUACUGCCUGAGCAAUAAACGCUAACACGUCGUCGUG